AUGGAUCAGCACGAUAUUGUCGUGGAUGAGAGCGAUUAUUAUGACUGCAUAUGCUUUCAAAGGAAUUGUCCAGAUAUAGUAUGGAAUUCCACAUACAUGUAUCUAUACGAGUAUUCCGCCAACUCAUCGUACUAUGAAGAUAAUUUCAACGAGUUAUUCUGUCCAAACACAGACCUGAGUAAAACUGAGAAAGCUAUUCUAAUGAUCAUCUACGUACUUACAAUUGUACUAACUCUAAUCGGCAAUAUCAUUGUUAUAUGCGUGCUGACAUUCGGUAAUAGAGUCAAAUCUGAGCUAAACAAGUAUCUUAUCAAUUUGGCUGUUGCGGAUAUUUCAAUGGCGUUAUUUUGUAUGCCCUUUACGUUCAUGUCCGCUGUAAUGCACGAGUGGGUGUUUGGCGAUGUUAUGUGUCCAGUCGUAUUCUUCAUACAACAGCUCACCAACCAAUGCCCAUGUAUACUACAUUAUGACGAUUUAAAAUCUGCCACUCGAGAAGUGGAGGUGUCAGCCAGUGUGAGCAUAUUCACACUAACAGCUAUUGGAGCUGAUCGAUACAUUGUUGUGAUGAGACCGCUUCGUUUACGUGUUUCAAAAUCACGUUCCAGUGUCGUUCUUGUGAUGAUAUGGACAAUAUCCAUGUCCCUUGCUAUGGUUGAAUUGGCGACCGUACGUACGAAAGCUAGUAACAACGGGACAUUGAUUCAAUGUGACGAAUGGUGGGAACACCCACGUGACCCCAUCAUUUACGAAAUAUUUGUAUUUACAGUAGCGUAUGUCAUUCCUUCGUGUAUAUUGUGGUACAGUUACCAACGUGUUGCGUAUAUACUCUGGCAACGAAGUCUGCCUGGUAAUCCACAGCAAGCACGUGACUUGGUGCACUUGCAAAAAAAGAUAAAGGUUAUACGAAUGUUAAUCAUUGUCGUGCUAGCAUUUGGUCUUUGCUGGUUGCCGAUUAAUAUUUUCAAUAUUGUAACCUCAAUAAAGCGAGAGUAUUUGACGUCAUCAUAUUAUCGUAGAAAUGUACUGAGAGUGUUCUUCUGUGUCCAUUGGUUUGCUAUGGCUAACAGCUUUCUCAACCCUUUAAUAUAUACGUGCUUACAUGAAGGAUUCCGGGCUGCGUUGGAAGUUACACUUAAAUACGACAUGAAGUUUGUGAUGGAGAACCUGAAUGCCAAGGUUGGAAAUGACAAAACUGAGCAUGAAAGGUCCAUGGAAAAAGAGGGCUGUGGAACUAUGAAUGAGAAUGUUGAUGUCAAGGUUAAACAGGAAGCUGAUAUUCGUAGCGACCAUCACCUGGUCAUAGCUGUGCUCAAAGUAAAGCUGCGAAAACCAGGGAACAAAAAGACAGGCAGACAACAGUUUGAUGUUGGCUAA